AUGGUUGAUCUGAAAGCAGGUCCACAUCCAAUUCUGAGUCUUCAAUGGUCAACUGACAAUUGUUUCCUUCUAACUUCAGUAAAUGAUAACAAUUAUCAAGAGUUGAUAAUUUGGGAUCUUCCAAAUUUUAGAUAUCUAACUGGAAUAUCUUCAUCAUCUGAAAAUCUUAAAUGGCAUGAGGCAACUUGUUCCGGAGGUGAAGAUGUAAGAGGUAUUUGGGAUAAUCACAAUAUCAACGAAGUGAUCAAUGUUUGUUGUCAUUGUUCACCCAAUGGAAAGUAUCUGGUCACUGGCGAUGAAGAUGGUCACAUUCGUCUAUUUUCAUAUCCAUGUUCUGAUCCAAUGGCUGCUUUUUACAUGAGAAAACAAGGAUCAACUGGAGUGGUGGAAGCUCGUUUUCUUUCAGAUAAUUCAUCUCUGGUAACAGCUAAUUUUGAUGGAACACUUUUCCUUUGGAACCUUUAUGAUGUCCUUUGAAUUUAAU